GAAGAAGAAGAAGGAGACGACGGCGCACUAGGAUCGUGCUUUGUCAUUGGUUGAGUGCAAAGUGUUUCAGGAAGCAGAUAUGUUAUUCGGUUUCCAACGCAGAAGCCACAAUAAGUGGAACCUUUGAACAAUACAAAGAUGAUUCGACGACCGCGACAAACAGCUGCAAAAGCUGUCAACUACAGAAAUGAAGAAUCUGACUUAUUCGAUAGUUGUGAGGAAGGUGAGGAAUGGAAGCCACCAGAGCCAAAGCAGAAAGCCCCCGGGAGGAUCACGAGAGCUCCUGCAGCGGGGGAGAAAAAAACAGCUGCUAAGAGACCUGCGAAGGAACCGAAGGAACCAAAGGCACCUAAAGAACCCAAAGUCCCCAAAGUAACAAGAGUUCCUAAGCCAAGGGCACCUCGGAAGUGUCCAAAAACAGAGGGCGUUAAAUGUGUGAAAGACUCAAAGGUGUCUGUCCUGCCUGCAACCAAGAGAAAGAAUUUAGAUGAAGACAAUAAGCAUGAAAUUGUUAAACAUUCUGAGUUUCCAGUGGAAGGCAAGACUGAAAACAGUGCAACAAGUAUUAAAAUGAAGGAGGAGAGGGUGUCAUUCUUUGUGUCUGAACCCAUUGGGGCACAUGAGGGGCCAUCAAUAGCUCUUGAUGGGCUAAGACCAAAGAAAGAAGAGGUGGAGGAGGAUUUCAGAUUUGAUGAGCCUUGUCUGAAGAAACAGAAAACCAGUGAUACCAGAUUAGGACAUACAAGUGCUUUACCGUCAUCAGAAGCACAGACUCUAAGGAAUGAUCUCAAUAUGAACUGGGAUUUGAUAGAGGUACUGUCCACUCUGACGUGUGUGGAACCAUGGGUCUGUGCUAAUAUCACUAUGUUGCUUCGUGAGGAGAACACAGUGCCGUUCAUGGUGCGGUAUCGCAAAGAGAUGAUUAACCACAUGGAUGCUGAUGCUGUUCGAGAUGUCCAGCUGGUAUAUGAGGAGUUAUGUGUUCUUUCUAAGAAGACCCAGUCUGUGAUUAAUACUAUGAGGAAGGAUGGUGUUUUAACAGCUGAGUUAGAACAAAACCUGAGGAGCUGCAGAUCAGCUGAUGAAUUGGAUCAUGUGUAUUCUCCCUACAAAAAAGGCAGCAAGCUGUCAAAGGCACGCAGGGCUAAAGAGCUUGGCCUUGAAGGAGCAGCCAUUGGACUGAUAGACUCACCACAUACACUGGAUUUAAACACAUGGGUUAAACCUGGCACCAAAGGUCUGUCGUCGGUGGAAGAAGUGGCUACAGGUGUGGAACAUAUCCUAGCUGAUAUGAUUGCCAAAGACCCUGAAACGCUCACCUAUGUGAAAACACUGUGUGAAAACAGCUUUGUGACCAUCCAGUCCGCUGUGUCUAAGUCAGCUCUAAAAGAAAAGGAGCAGGAGAAGUCAGAGGAAGGCCACAAACAAGCAGGGCCACAUCACAACAAAAACAAGGAUGUCGACAAGUUCCAUCUCUACUUUGACUUCACUUGCAACAUUCAACGGAUCCAGCCCCAUCAGACCCUGGCUAUUAACCGAGGGGAGAGUCUGAAGAUUCUGACAGUGAAGGUGAACAUUCCGGACAGGGUGAAGAAUGACUUCAUCAAGUGGUGCAUAAACAACAGGUGGAGGACGAAGACAUUUGCAAGAGAUGAGAUCCGUUUAAUCAUCAAGAAUGCAGUAGAGGACUCCUAUAAAAGGCUUAUCCUGCCUUUCCUCACUAGGGGUUACAGAACCAAGCUGACAGCUGCAGCGGAGAAGCAGUCAAUUGUCAUGUUUGUGCAGAACCUCCGCCGGCGUCUGCUGGUGUGUCCAGUCAGGGGCUGUGUCCUCCUGGGGGUAGACCCUGGCUUUAGACACGGCUGUAAGCUGGCAUUCCUCUCCCCUACUAGUCAAAUCCUCCAUACUGAUGUCGUUUACCUGCAUAAUUCACGCCAGCAAAAAGAAGCAGAAAAACUGCGCCAGCUAAUCGCAAAAUACAGCUGUACCAAAGUUGUGAUUGGCAAUGGGACAGCUUGCCGUGAAACAGAGUCCUUUUUUGCUGACCUCAUCUCCAGGCGCUUUUUUCACCCCUUGGAUGUGUCCUACUGUAUAACCAACGAAGCUGGAGCAUCCAUCUACAGUGUUAGUCCUGAGGCAGUGAAAGAGAUGCCAGACUUGGACCCUAACCUCAGGAGUGCAGUGUCUAUUGGAAGACGAGUCCAAGAUCCGCUGGCUGAGCUCGUAAAGAUUGAUCCUAAACACAUAGGCAUUGGAACGUACCAGCAUGAUGUGUCAGCUGGCGCUCUGAAGGCAGCACUGGACAGUGUGGUGCAGGAGUGUGUGAGCUUUGUGGGCGUGGACAUCAACAUCUGCUCCGAGACGCUGAUGAGACACGUAGCGGGCCUAAACGCGGGCCGGGCUCGAAGCAUUGCAGAGUGGAGAGAGCAGAAUGGUCCGUUCGUCAACAGGGAGCAACUGAAACUGGUCAAAGGCAUGGGGCCCAAGACGUACCAGCAGUGUGCUGGCUUCAUAAGGAUCAACCCUCAGACCCUCCACAGAGCUGCCGCCACACCUCAUCCGGUGCCCUCUCUGCCAGAGAAGCCAGCGGUGAAGAAGGGCAAAGGAAAGACUUGUGUCAACACGCCGGCCUCAUUUGACCCCCUGGACCAGACCUGUAUUCACCCAGAGUCCUACCACGUAGCACAGAGCUUUCUUUCCUUUGUGGGUGGGAGUGCAGACCAAAUUGGGACCGCUGGCCUGCAACAAAGUGUGGAGAGCAAGGUGAGCAGCAGCAGCGUCGAGGAACUAGCCGCUAUGGUGGGCACCACACCAGAGACCCUCAAGCUCAUCAUAGACGGCCUCACACAGCCUCCUGGGUUUGACAUACGACAAAAUUUCGGGCAGGCGGACUUUAAACAGGGGAUUGUGUCGAUGAGUGACCUGCGGGUGGGCAUGGUUCUGACGGGGCGGGUGGACAACACCACUCUGUUUGGGGCUUUUGUAGAUAUCGGUGUGGGACGAUCGGGCCUUAUACACAAGAGCAACAUCACCUUGGACAAGCUUCCGGUCAACCAACGCCGCCGCAGCCUGGCUCUGGGACCGGGGGAGCGGGUGGAAGUUCGGGUACUGAAUUUGGACCCACAGAGGGGACGUAUCGGCUUGGACCUAAUCAGACUUUUGCAGUAGGGUCAAUUAAGUUCAAUAACUACUGUAUGUAUUCAUAAGAACCACCCUUUCAGCCCCAUUAUUUCUAAUAGCCCUCUUAAAGUCUGUUACCUUAACUUGUUUCCAGCAUGUUCGGCUACAAUUGAGGCAAACCUUUGCAUGACAUAAUUUGAGUUGUGUUAAGAAGAAAUUCAUUUCUAAAGCACAUGUUGACUGUUCGUCAAAGGAUUCAACUUCUACUUCAAACUAGAUCAAAACAAGGGUUUGACAUUAAAUACUUGUUUGUAUAUGUCGUUUUCUUGAUGUGCAUUUUCUCUAAACAAAAACUCAACAGACUGCAGCAUGAGGUGGGACUAGCUGUGUGUGUGUGUUUGUGUGUGUAAAAAGUGAUGGAAGUUGUUUUUUCUUGAUUUUUUUUACAGACAACAGUAACAUUUGAAAUGAUAGCGAGGCAGAAUGGGGGUGGGUGGAGGCCGGAGGAGGGGGAGGCGGCGGCGGCAGUGUUUAGGCUGCAGUAAAGCCUGAAGGCUUUUUAGGCAUGGGCCCAGACACAAUUAUCUCAGGACACACACAAACACACUAAUCAGCUGCCUCAAAAUUAAUCCCAGACUCCCUAUCCACAUUAUCUAAUUUGUUUGUUUUUCUGGAACUGGAAUAAAUAAAAAAUACAUAAAAUAUGAUUCUGACACAGCCCGAGGUCCCCUGUGCUAAACCUUACACUGACUGCAGAAUACCUAAUCACUCCUCAAUAUCUUCCCUUGGGGGAACAAGUGGAAUGUAUUCUACACAAACAAAUACAAAGAGAUGUUGGAUCAAUAAUAAUCCAAACUGGCAGUUUGCUUAGUGUUGAUCUGAGAAAACUAAACAUGCUGGAUUCACAUUGUCUUAUUUUGCACAUUCAUUUCUCCAAUGUAAAUCUGUUUUUUUAAUCAAGGUGCCUUGAUUUUUAUUUGAUAACAUAAUAUUCUUACUUUUUUUAUAUACUGCAGGCUGACAUAGUCUUUUGAUGUCUCCAGUGCUUUUGCCACAGGGAUCAAACGUAUUUUCGUGGCGGACGCGGCUUCCCUCAGCAUCAUUCCUGAUUUUCCCGCCCUUAAUUUUCCUCCCUCCACUAAACGUGAGCACACAGAUGGGAGAGGCAAUCUGGCCGCCAGCUCCUGCUGCCCCUCGGGGUUUUUGUCAAACACUGACCAGUAAUGAGCAUGUGAUAAGAAGCAGCGUGGCUGCGGCGGCAGCGGUGCAGUCCUCUCGCGUCCCUUGCUGCACUGCUCCUCCGCCGUCGUGUGCGCGAGGAGCUCAGGUGCGUCCUGAGGUUCCGGUGAAAUGUGAACAAAAUUGGUGGCGGGCGAGGAAUAAAUGAAAGUCACACGCGCCAACGUUUUUGGCUACUUGUUGUUUCUAAGUUAUUACAGGAGAAGUUAGCGGAGACGAAUAUUCUAAGUGGUCGUGCAGGGCUGUCGCUCUUCAGCUUUUGUUCACGCUUCAGCUUUGGAGACACGCAUGGACAUAAAAUUAUCGUACCUUUUUCACACAGUAGCGGAGAGAAUUGUUCUCGCAGCAAGUGAACGUGUCCUGCAAAGCAGGCACUUAGUGGAGGGUGUAGCUUUCUCUGUUGACUUGCAAUUCGCUGAACCCCCUGUCCGUCUAAAGCACUGGGAUGCCAGACUGCUGCGAGUUCCCUGUCUAAUAUCAAAAAGCUUCUCCGUAGUUUUGUGCAUAAGGAGAAACGGUAGGACGGUAAUAACAGAGAGGUUUGUCCACUAUGUGGGCAGAAUGCGUCAAGGCACGCGAUUAGAUUAUGAGGCGUCUUGUGCCCAUUUCAAGCUGUCAGUGUUGGGCCCAUAAUGUGACGAAUAUACAGGAUUUAGCUGAGUUUUAGUGUAUAAUGACCUCCAGAUCUUGGAUGGGGGCAGGACGCAUGUAGUGUAUUUAGACCAUUGGUGAGAGAGAGUUUCUCCUCUCGUUCCAUCUAUUGCUCCAACACCUGUUCUCUCUGCUUCCUUUGUGUUCUUUGCCACAGUGUGAUUGCCAUGGUUAGUGCAGGUUCUCCUUCCAAGGAUUCAGAAUUCCAGGUUAGUGGUGGGACCACUGACAUCAAUACCACCUCCCUUUGGCUACAGGUCUAAGCUUUGUGAGGAAUAACAAUUCCUGUGGUGUACGAGCGUUUGUGCUCGCACUGGUGCCACAUUUUACUCACAUAUUCACUCAUCUGGUGACAGGCUCAACUUUGCAGUUUAGUGUUGUAAAUCUAGUUGUUUUUUCAACUCCCUGUACCUUCCAUUCUUUGUCUACGCACAAGGUAAGCUACAACUACUUUGACUUCUCUUGAAUUGACUAGCUUCUCCCGGUACCCUGUAUACACAACCAUAACCUGUGCAUUAAGUCUAAAUGGGAAAACUCUGAAUUAAUUUCAAACUAAAAAAAAAAUCUUUUUUUUUUAUUUUGUGUCAGGAAAACAGGAAAAACUCUUUGGCAUUGCUGGUGAAAAACAGGAGAAACGUAGAGGCAUGAGGGCAAAGAGGAGAUGGAUGAAUGGGGGCAGGAGAGAGGGAUGGAAUGAGACAGGAAAUGAAAGGCUUUCUCCGGUUUCACUCCCCGUGACCUCAUCAGUGUGAUCAUGGGUUUUAUGAGCGUUCCCUCUCGACGCCCACACACCACCUCACACGUGCCAGGACACACACACACACACACACACACACACACACGGGCCGUGUAUUUUGUCGCCUGGCUCAGAGACAAACACGCAUUACACUGUAUGUGUUUUUGUCUCUCUGUCUGUUCGUUUUCCCACACACUCUUUGUCAAUCUUCACGUACUUCAUCACACACCAGGACACAUGACAAGGCCGGCACUUACCUUGUCACUGACACACACAAAACCUGAGAAGAAAAGGAAUUAUUUGUAUUUUGCAGGAGUUGCAAAAUGGCCUUCGCAAGCAAAUUAUGGCUGUGAAAUGAAAUAAGCCACAGUGAAGCACUGCAGAUAUUCCUGUGGAACAGAUUAUGUGACUGUGGCUGUAUGAGCUUCCAAACACUUUUCCCAGUAAGGGAAAAAGAUAUUUUAGUAAAUGAGCAAGUACCUUAAUAGAAACCGUUUCAAGCAGCAUCACUACUUACAUCCAAACAGAGUAAUACUAUGAAUAUAAAUGUAUAUAAGUAGAGAAUGGCAGCUAAGUAGUGAAGCCUGGGUAAAUAUUAUUAACCAGACAUCCACUAUGACAAAAAAAGGGACAUAUGAUGUUAUAUUGCACUUUACGCUGUUUGGCAUCACUGCAAAACUUAAACACUCUAAGAGAGAGAAACAAAAUGUAAGAAUGCUGGAAAAAAUUUGAGAACCAAAGACAAGCCUAUAAACAAAGUAGGUUGAGUUAAUUCGCCUCCAAAGUUAAGAUGUCAGGAUGAGUAUUUAUUCACUCCAUGAAUGCCUUCAUAUUUACAUUAUAUAGCAAAUGGUUAAAAUGAUGAGGACUUUACUUAGUUAUAAGCUGGUGCUUGAAGUUAAUAUUUGUGCCUUUCAGUUCCAUCCUAGUACCACAUUUGUUAUGUAUUAUUUUAAUAUCGAAGUUAUUACUUAAACUUAAACAUUCAUGUCAAUAGUCUUCCACUUACACCGAGGCCCCAUUAAACACAAGCAUACAUUAUGCUGAAUUGGAACACCUGGGUAUCUCCACAUACACAAGUGCCCCCAAUGCAACACAGUGAGAUCUGUUCAGGGACAACAGGGCCUCUUCCUGUUCCCUGGUCAUGACCGUAGUCGGUGGCUAGUGAUUGACAGCUGAAUGUUUGGGUUAGGCCGCCACCUCUGGGGAUUUGCUCUUGGCCAAAGCUUCAUACAUAGAAUACUGGUGCGAUUGCUCUGACACAGACUCACGGUGUCAAGCAUGUGUGUUCACACACAAACAUAAAGCCAUAGUGUCCCAGCACACAUUUACAGAGUGCAUGAGCAUAUCCCAUCUUGAAGUAUCUCAUGUUCGUCCCACAGGGACCCGGGUCUGAGACCAUAGCAACCUUGUGUCAGAGGGCGAAGGAAGUUGAAGCUUAGCGGGAAUUCGCUCACACUUAAAUUUGGUUUAGCUUUACAAUAAAGCAGAGAGCCUCUUUGUUUUUGUACAUUUCCUCUGGAUUAGGAUUUUGUCCCCUUUUUUUUAAGAAGCUCUGAGGCUUUUGUUGAAUUGUCAGAUCAUUCAUAUAAGAAACUAUGAAAAUUAUUCAUCACCUCAUUCAUAUAACAUAAUUUUAUAGAUGUUCCUUUGACCUUUUUAUAGUUGUUCUUCAAACCCAUACAAAACAAUGAACCCAGUCUGUCUGUACAAAAGAUCAGAAAGUGGUGGUCAUGAUGCUAAUGCUGUGGUUUCAUAACCAUUAGCAGUGUGUUGUUAGUGCAGCUGUUGCCGUACGAAGGGCCAUGUCGCAUGCCCAGCUUUAGUAGAUGCAGGUCCCUGCAGUUGUUGUUUGUUUAGCUGUGUUUCAAAAAGCCAUUAAUACCUAGGCUAAAGAGUGCUGCCAGUAGCACUCUCACACGGGAGCAACUGCCUUCACACAAACACAAACAACUCAUGAAUUUACGCUCGUAACCUGGAGGUAAUGGUGUGAUGCACCUUUCUUCAGUUUGCCAGUAGCUGUUUUGUUGAAUGCACUUGUAAAAGAAACAUUAUAGCAAUACCUUUAGAAAGAAACUGCUGACAAGGCAUUUGGAUAUAGUUUUGGUGCAAUUGUUUCUCUAAGCACUAAACUAAUUUCUUUGUCCCAUACUAUUAAUUUAUCAUUCAGGCACUAUUUGUACAGCAAAAAGAGUGCAGUGCAUCACAAGAUAUUUUCAACUUCUAAGCCUAAAUUACCAUCCAGGGAGGAGGAUUAUCAAACUGUCCAUCUGGUCCAGCGCUGCAAAGCUUGUAAAUCAGAGAUAAAGACAAAGGUAAUGGUUGAAAUCCUGGUGUUUCACAGAUACAGUACAACACUAUUGCCUUGCUGGUUGGAGACGCCUUAAGCGUCUAAUUGGACAUAUUUUUGCCUAACUGACUAUUGAUUUCUACUGUUUGUUUGUUUUUUUUCGUUUUUUUUUUACCGAUUUUUCCUCUAAGCACAGCACAAAUCAUCACACAGAGACAUGUCGCUCAUCUGGUGAGUGAUAUAUCUCGUGCCCACUGUAGCUGCAUGGGUAGAACAGCUUGCGAACCCCCACAGGUCUAAAAACGCAGAACUCCACGCAGCGAAUACACACAACAGGGGUGACUGCUCUUCUGAGCCGCAUCAUUCACAGACGCCUUAAAACAACCAGGCUUCUGGUCAUUCCAUCAUUAUACCUUCACAGGUAUGAGGGCAGAUGUUAAUCAGCUUUUUUGGCUAUAUUUAUCUUAAAACAAAAGGUUUGCACAGAGGCAUGUCAUGUAUUUGGUAACUUAGGCACAGAGUCAGCCUCCCACCAGACAGGAAACCAUAGAAGUCUGUUUGGCCUUGUGUCCCUCAGGCUAUGUCCAAUUGUUUUUGUUUGUUUAUUCCCCCCCAUCUUGUUUCCUGUGCAGUGAUGAAGCUUUGGAAAUAUUAUUAUCUCAAAGGGAAAACAAGUGUUUUAUGAUCAGUGAAGAGAACAGAGCAGUGCACAUGGAUUUCUGCACCAAAGGUUUUCCUUUAAUAUUAAAACGUAUACCACAAGGAAAAAGAUGGGGCUAUUUUUAGAAACCUGGCUUGGAUUACUCCUGUAAUCUUUGUUAUCACUAGUCUGCCAUCGUCUCAAACAUUUUUUUUUUCUGCUUCCCACAAUGUUUUACCACGAGACAUGUGCCAAGGAACAAGGACCAAGACAGAGUUAUAAAUAGGACAGUACCAAGUUACAUUACCACCAACAAUUAGGAACAUGCAAAAAUAUUUUCAUGCAAAUGUCCAAACUUUGACCACAAUACUUCAAAUGAAUGUACUUCUGCUGAAUAAGUGGGACAAAUAAGGACACACACACAAAAUCACUUAUGUUUAAUGUUUUCUGUGGUCAGCCAGUAAUAAUAUGAAUCUUUCUUAGUGAAACCAGAGCUGGUCAGAUUUUUCUGUUUAGUUCCAAAAUAAAUCUUGUCAAUUAUG